UCCGUCGAAUCGCACGUACGCGCAUGAAGGUUUUUCGAUUUCGAUUGAAGGGAGCCACAGCAAGUCAGCCAGAUUCGUCGAAGAACGUACAUACUCACUUUUGCACGGAGGAGUGUCGAUUGCAUAAGGCUUCUUGUUUUUUUUCGCUUUCUUGCUGUUGCCAUUUUUGAAAGAGCUGCAUAUAUUUGUACUUGUUGGCCGUAUGACUGGUGUUGUGUGAUUUGGUAAUGAUGAUAAGCGCAAUCUCCUAGAGCUGAAUCUGAUCGAAGUGUGUAAGUGAAUGCGUUCACUAAUGAGUGACGCUGCAAGAAUGCAGUGAAUCGUGAAUAUUUUUUUUCCAGUCUGCAAACAAGUGCAUGUAACGCCCGUUUGAUAACAGUGAGUCUUCUGAGCGAUUGAGUGUUGCAAUUAAUCUCUAAUCAUGGUGAUCCCGGGAAUUCCCUUCGUGAAGCUGGUCCCGCUUUUGGGGGGAUCGGCCCUCAAGGCGGCUCCGGCUGUUUCGGCUGUCACGGCAACGGUUGCGGCUGCCAUUAAGGGUGCCACGGCCAUCGUCGGAGUGGGGAAGUUGGCCAUCGUUCCGAUUCUGAUAGCUUCCCUAGCCUAUUACAACUACGAUCUUUUUGAUCCCGAGAAUCGACCCUUCAAUGUGAAAGAUGUGGAGCGGGAGUACGACUUCAUCGUGGUGGGAGCAGGUUCUGCGGGUGCCGUUGUGGCUUCGCGGUUGUCCGAGAUCGGAGACUGGAAGGUGCUGUUGCUGGAAGCGGGUGGCCACGAGACGGAGAUCUCCGACGUGCCCAUUCUGUCGCUGUAUUUGCACAAGAGCAAGUUGGAUUGGAAAUACAGAACACAACCUCAAAAGACAGCAUGUCAAGCAAUGAAGGAAAACCGAUGCUGCUGGACCCGCGGAAAAGUGUUGGGAGGCUCAUCGGUGCUGAACACGAUGCUAUACAUUCGAGGUAACAAACGAGAUUUCGACCAGUGGCAGGCGUUCGGAAAUCCGGGCUGGGGCUACGAGGAUGUUCUGCCGUACUUCAAGAAAUCGGAAGAUCAGCGGAAUCCCUAUCUGGCACGGAACAAGAGACAACAUGCGAAAGGUGGUCUUCUGACAGUCCAAGAUGCCCCGUACCUGACCCCGCUGGGUGUUUCAUUCCUUCAGGCCGGAGAAGAGAUGGGCUAUGACAUUGUGGAUGUGAAUGGAGAUCAGCAAACCGGGUUCGGCUUUUUCCAAUUUACGAUGCGCCGGGGCACUCGAUGCAGUUCAUCGAAGGCCUUCUUGCGACCGGUUCGAAAUCGAAAGAAUCUUCAUGUGUCCCUGUUUUCCCACGUAAGCAAAGUGAUCAUGGAUCAGGACAACAAGAGGGCCCUGGGGGUGGAGUUCAUAAGGGAUGGAAAACGUCACGAAGUUUAUGCAACUCGAGAGGUGAUUCUUUCGGCUGGCGCCAUUGGGACCCCACACAUUAUGAUGCUUUCUGGUAUUGGACCGAGGGAAAAUUUGCAACACGUUGGCAUUCCGGUAAUUCAUGAGCUGCCCGGAGUAGGACAGAACCUUCAAGACCACAUUGCCGUUGGGGGAUUGGUAUUUAGAGUUGAUCAACCGAUUUCGGUUAUUAUGAAUCGACUGGUUAAUUUGAACUCUGCUAUCCGUUAUGCCGUUACUGAGGACGGACCUUUGACAAGUAGCAUAGGACUGGAAGCGGUUGGAUUCAUCAACACCAAAUAUGCGAACCAAACCGAUGAUUGGCCAGAUAUUGAGUUUAUGUUGACCAGUGCCUCGACGCCCUCGGAUGGUGGGGAUCAGAUCAAGAAAGCUCACGGGCUGAAGGAUGAAUUUUACGAGUACAUGUUCAGUGAGAUUAACAACCAAGAUGUUUUCGGAGUGUUUCCUAUGAUGUUGAGACCGAAGAGUCGAGGGUUCAUUAGACUGCAAUCCAAGAAUCCCUUAAGAUACCCUCUGCUGUACCAUAACUACCUCACUCAUCCGGAUGACGUUGGAGUCCUAAGAGAAGGUGUUAAAGCUGCAAUUGCCUUUGGAGAAACUCAAGCAAUGAAACGAUUUGGAGCAAGAUUCCACAGUAAACAGGUGCCAAAUUGUAAGCAUCUUCCUGAGUUUACCGAUGAAUAUUGGGACUGUGCCAUCCGCCAAUACACCAUGACCAUCUACCAUAUGUCCGGAACCUCUAAGAUGGGUCCUAGGGAUGACCCAUACGCAGUUGUAGAUCACAAGCUGCGAGUUCAUGGAAUCAAGGGACUCCGAAUCAUCGAUGCCAGUAUCAUGCCCAGGAUAACAAGUGGAAACAUCAACGCUCCAGUAAUAAUGAUAGGAGAGAAAGGUGCCGACAUGAUCAAGGAACUUUGGCUACCGAGGAACGCUUAUACCAGACGCGGGAAACGAGAACGCGACCCCGUGUCAAAUGUAACGGAAACGGAAACGCCAGUGGAAUCGGUCAAAGACAACGAAACGACCGAUAGCUAGAGGUCGCUCCAAUAGAAAAACUCUUUAGUUAGUUGUUAAUUAACCAUUCAUCACCACACCAACUGUUGUUCAUUUGUUCAUCACUCACGGUUACCAAUUGUUCACCACUAAAACAUGCAGGAUCGAACUGUCUGUCUGUUACCUACCUACCUAUUUCGUGUUGUAAAUAUUUAAAUUGUAAGGACUAUUAGGUAAUUAAAUCGAGAGAAAUAGAAAAAAAAACAAUAAUCGAAGCGCCUAGGGUUAAUCUGACAAGUGCUUUUCAUUUGCUCUGCAAAAAAUGACUGACUAUUUAAUUUAGUGGUUAAU